AUGACACUCGAACAGUCUGAACUUCACAAACAGGUUUUCGGUGAAAGUGACGAUGAUGAUUUAUCCGAUUUAGGAGAAGUCCACUUUAGUGACGACGACAUCGAAAAUACUAUAUCACAGCCCCCAAAAAUCACUCUCAAACCGGGGACACAGUCAAAAGAGCCGCCAAAAAAAUUGCGGCUUAAGUGGUCAAAGCCCAAACGGCUUUCCGAAGAAGAUAAGGAUAAGGACUACGUGGAACGGCGACCUGCAAAGUCAAGGAGGCGUCGUCGAAAGGGAGGCGAAGUGGUUGAGAAUAGUGACGUUCUUACGGACGUACAGAACGAUCAAAAGCUAUCAUCGUAUGACGAAAUUAAACGACGUGUGGACAAGGACUUUGACGAAGCACUAAGGGCGGCUUCGGGUAGACGUAAGAAACGUAAAGACAUUGACCUGGAGACCAAUCGAGACGACGAAGCUCAACAAUUAUACUCUCUAAUGAUAUCUGCGGCCGAUCUUGACAUUGCACUGAACAAUGAACGAAAGCCCGCAGUCAAAAAGCUCGAGUUUAUAGAGCACGUAGCGUGGACCCUAAAGAAGGCGAAUAUGCUAGAUACGUUACUAGAGCAUAAUAUAUUGGAGUCGAUAAGAGCAUGGCUGGAACCCUUGCCCGAUGCAUCUCUUCCUAAUAUCGCUGUUCAGAAGAGUCUGUUUGAAGUUCUCGAAAAGAUUCCCAUGACAAUUCAGCUUUUGCGUCAAUCGGGGAUUGGUAGAAUAGUACACUUUUAUGAGGAACAUCCUCGCAAUGAUGUGGAUAUAACUAAGCGAGCAGCCAAGUUGGUUGCUAAAUGGAGUGCCCCAAUAUUUGGCAAGAGCCUCAAUUAUAGGGACAAGAAGAUUGUAUACUAUCAACCGAAGGAUGGAGAAAUGUCAUCAACAAAUGGUGUCUGUGGAAGUGUCUCUUUUGCAUCUUUGCAGGGGGUACCUUCCAGGAAGAAAGGUCCUGACCCGUAUAAGAAUCUGAGAAGUCGUAUGGCACAGAUAAAGAAAGGAAUCAAUUUUGGAUUUUUAAUGCUGAGUGUUUCAUUGAUAAGUAUUAAAGUGGAUCAGCACUCCACUUACAUUUUUUCAACUGCUGAAGAAGCAAAAGUUGCAUGUCAUAAAAAUGUGAAAGCUUUCAACGGAAUCUACGCUGCUGCUCGCGGGUGCCCCGCCAUUACAAAUCGACAUUUUCACAGCGGGUCCAAAAAGGAGAAGCCGAGACCGUUUUUCAGCCGACUACGAGAUUCAUUGAAAAAAACGGAAAUCAAAUGGUACCCAAUACCUGUGAGUCUUGGUGUUGCAUUACUUGUAGCGCAACAAAUACGACAUGCUUACAAUCGACAACAAACAGAAAGAGAUCCUCCGCGACCAGUUGUACGCGGGGCAUGGCAGGUACACGUAGCAAACGCUCUUCCGUUACGGGCGAUAUCACGUUUAUUGGGCCGACUAAACAAUGACUACGAUCUUCCUGUUUUUAUGAGAGAACCAGUUUAUAAAUUGUAUGCGUGGAUAUUUGGAUGUAAUAUGGACGAGAUUAAGGAUGAUUUGAAGAGCUAUCGUAAUCUGGGCGCCUUUUUUUAUCGAGAACUGAAACCUGGAGUACGAGUUAUUGGUGAGAAGAGCGACGUGGUAUCUCCAUCUGACGGAAGAGUAUUAGCAUUUGGCCAGAUCAUAGAUGGCCGUAUAUCUCAAGUAAAGGGCUCGACAUAUCUGCUUGACGCACUCCUCGGGAACAAUUCUUCUCCUACUAGUCCAUCAGAGGCUCUCUCGUCAUUUUUGACACCGAUAACAAUAACUGAUGAGAAGGAAUUUGCUACAUUAAAUGGAAUAACGUAUUCCUUGGAAGAUCUUAUUGGUGAAGAUAAGAAUAGCGCUAAGGAGCAUAUUGCAGAUAAAAAAAAUGAGCUUGUAACGGCACUAACGGCAGUAACGGCGAAAUCUUCAGAGACAAAUAGUUUGUUCUUCUGUGUUUUUUACUUGGCGCCUGGAGAUUAUCAUCGAUUUCAUUCACCGGCCAAUUGGGUUGUUGAAAAAAGAAGGCACUUUGCUGGAGAGUUGUAUUCCGUUUCUCCAUACAUGGCAAAGAUUCUUCCCGACCUCUUUGUGUUAAAUGAACGCGUCGCAUUAUUAGGCCGUUGGCGAUAUGGAUUUUUCUCAAUGGUUGCGGUCGGUGCAACAAAUGUUGGUUCAAUAAAAAUAAACUUUGACCCGGCGUUGCGUACAAAUAAAAAGGAAGAUGUAAAUAUCGGCUCAUACGUCGAAGUAUCAUAUAAGAAUGCAAGUAAACUUCUACAAGGACUGCCGUUUAGGAAAGGUGGCGAAAUAGGAGGGUUCUGUUUCGGCUCUACGAUAGUAUUAGUAUUUGAAGCGCCGCGGAAUUUCAAGUUUUGUAUCGAGAGUGGACAAAAGAUAGAUUAUGGCAUGCCUAUAGGAAGUAUAUAA